AUGUACAAGGCUAAACAGAAACAGAGAAGAGCUGACCGAAUGAUGUUACCGAGUGUGCAAGGGCAAGCUGGAGGAAAGUGGAUCGUCAUUGACUUUGGCAAAGUAAUAGUUCACGCACUUGAUGAAAAGGCUAGAGCUUACUACAAUUUGGAGGGUCUUUGGACCCCGGGGACAAUUCAAAAUGCACCAGAUGGGGAUUUCAUGGUCUUACUCAAAUUAAGGCUGAUGGUUGACACUAUAGCCACUCUGUUACGAUGCUUGACAAUGUAUUUUCUAAUCAUCAAGAAAACUGGAAUGGAAAAAUCAAUCAUAUUUGCUUUGUCACAGUCUGCAUAUGGAGGCUGCUUGUUUAUUGGUUAUUGGGGCUAUCUUUUGCUGUACAAAAAAAAAAAAUUUAGGGUUUCUUACCUUUUUCCAUUCAGAAAAGGAAAAGUGGUUGAUUUAGACAAGCAACUGUCUAAGAUGUGUACACUGUUCACCUUUCAAUCCUUUCGAAAAUUGAUCCUUCAGGAAGGAGAAAAGAUAGUACUUGUAUGGUUGGAUACACCAUAUAAUCAGGUUGUCUAUGGCCUGGUGGACAAAUUGUGUAGGUUAGUGGUGAGACUUGUCUUCUUACCUUUUGAAGAAAGUUCAUAUGCAACAUUUGCAAGGUCUGCUUCAGGACAAUAUGCAGGAAAAAGCAAGAUAUUGGGAAAUGGCUUGAUGGAAUCCCUUAAGUUAGUUUUGUUGAUUGGCCUUGUUUUCAUGGCAUUUGGUCCAAGUUAUUCUUAUUCACUCAUUAGAUUGCUAUAUGGUGAAAAAUGGAGUGAUGGAGAAGCGUCAACUGCCCUCCGCUGUUAUUGCUUUUAUGUCAUUGUUUUGGCCAUGAAUGGUCACGUAACUGUUGCUACCCUGGAACAAUUGGCGACGAGAGAGGAAGAUGUUCGAGGAAAUGCCUGA